AGCUGACUGGAAAAUUUAUGGAUCAGUUGGAGUUAUGGAUUGGCAAAGGGCCAAAGAUCUUCACGCUGCUCUUCAAGAUAACUAGGGACGGAUGUAACGCUACAGCAUUCCACAAUAAGUGUGACAACCAGGGACCAACUGUGACUCUGCUGUACAACCAACAUGGCUCUGUUUAUGGUGGAUACGUACGCUAGUUCCAACUGAAACGGCGCCGGUGCGUACAUUAAAGAUGGUGAUGCUUUUCUGUUUCAACUGACGUUUUCUGGAUCAGAAAAGUUUACCAGAUUUCCAAUUGUGAAUGCUGGAAAUGGGAUUUAUGGACACUCCACAAUCGGACCGACAUUUGGCACAGGCCACGAUCUGUGCACCUAUAGCGGGACCAUCAACCCUGCGGGAGGCAUUUUUACACUUAAUGGUUGUUAUAAGUUAGGAACCUUUUACAACAAUCAAGGUCUUACCGGUCACCAGGUAAACAACGGCACAAUGGCGGUGACAGAGCUUGAGGUCUUUCGCGUGACAGAGACGCUCAUGGAAGACAUAGUGGCGUUCAAGCCUCCUCGAGAGAUGGGUAUGUCAGAGGUCCGGGUUUUGAUGUUGGGUCCAGUGGGGUCGGGGAAGUCGAGCUUCUACAACACCGUCAACUCCAUCUUCAACGGAUGCAUAUCACAGAGGACUAGGAGUGGGAAAGCUGCACACAGCAUCACAACUUUGGGAUUCCACAAGUCGUUUUGUUGAACAAGGUUGAUCUUACAUGCAGGAAAGAAGCUGCAAACGUUGGAAACGUGUUUAAAAGUCCAAGCAUCCAAGAGGUAGUCGAGAAAGUAUCAACGAUGUUCGGUCUCCAGUUUAACAACAUCUUCCCGGUAAAGAACUACGUGUCUGAGAUGGAAUUGGACGUGGACACGAGCAUACUUGCCCUGCUUGCUCUGAGGCAGAUUCUGUACCUUACAGAAGAUUACAUUGAGGGUCUGCAAGAGAAGGUUAAGCGAGUGAAGGUGUCGUCUGUAAAGAAUAAACAACCAUCGGAGAAAACCAAUGAAAAGAAUUUAUAUGAUGAAUGUGUGCAUAAAAGAAGUGUGGACUUCUAAAUUUAUUGGUUUUGUAAACAUAGUGUUAUGAAAGAAGAUGUGAGCGCAUUUUAAAUCUUUUCCUUAUAUGUUUGAUGCUGGUUUUGAGAAAACAAACAAUACGUAGUAAGUUUGAGGUUUGUUCGUUCAUGAUAUGGCCAAACAUUUGCAAAUACGUGUUAUAUCAAAUAAAUUAUAAUUAUAACAAGUAAAGCGACUGAAUGCGUCGGCUAAUGCGUUUUUGUAGAUACACAUGAAUGAAAACGACAAAAACUUUAUUUGUAUGCAUUGGAUAUUGGCAAUGAUGAUUUUGCGGCAGCAUUCUUCAUUCCUACAACCGUAUUUGUCAAUGGAGUUACGUAUUCCAUGGUCUUCUCGUGGAAUCGCUUCACUUUCCUAUUGGUAAUGUUUAUAUAUUAUUGCUUUAAGUGCUUCACUUCACUGAUUCACUGCUAUGUUAAAUGCUCAGUUUUAAAAACACU